UUUUGUUGCUGCAGCUUGGCUGGAGACGGGCACGUCCUUACUCCGUUACCGUGGAGCUGCGUGUAAAUAAGUCGGCUGCAGUGACAGGCAGGCUACAGCCUAGCAACGCGGGAGAACACGGACGCUGCCGCGGGUCCUGGGGAGAGCCAGGUGACCGGCUGAGGACAAACACCGCUCGGCCUGGGCUCCAGGAGAGAAGUGGGAAAUGUAUAGGACAUGAACCCCAACAGCCCUUACUCACAGUAUGCCAAAGGUUACAAGGAAGCCGAGGGCCCGCUGUCUCCAGGUAGAGGAGAGACUACCAGCACGCAGUCCUAUAUCUCCAAGAAACGGAAACCCGGCAAAAUGAAAGGAAACCAGGAUGUGGCCGCCGGUGAGCGAGGAAGAACGAGGAGCAGGCGUUACUCCGACACAGAGAAGGAUAGCGAAUCUUACUUUUCUGAGGAUUUCGAUAACACAACUUAUGAGUCUGACCGCUCGCCGACGCCAAGCUCUAAGUCUAGAUCUCCACGUGUCAAAAAAGCUGAUCAGAAAAUGAUUGCUUCCACACCGAUGCACAACGGCGGUUCCAGAAAACCAGCAUCCAAGUUUCCUUCAAGUAAAAAAGGCCCAAGGUGGGGAUUUCGUUCCCAGAGUCUAAACAAGGACUCUCCGCCAAAGGACAUGGAUCUGGUAACCAAAAGAGUCCUCUCUGCUCGGCUCUUAAAAAUUAACGAGUUAAGAAACGAGCUCACGGAGCACCAGAUCAAGCUGGAUGAGCUCCAGAAAGAGAACAAGAUUUUAAAGAGAUUACAAUGUAGGCAGGAAAAGGCACUGAAUAAAUUUGAAGAUACAGAGAAUGAGAUCUCUCAACUUCUGUCCCGGCACAACAAUGAAAUCCGGACCCUGAGGGAGCGCUUGCGGAAAUCCCAAGAGCGGGAACGAGCUGUGGAAAAGAAACUAAAGGACACCGAGGAUGAACUGUACAGGACAAAUACUGCUUUAAAGAAAUUGAAACACUUGUCUGAAGAUAGACACCUAGCAGAGCGAGAAGAACUAACCAGGAAGGUGGACGUUUUGGAAAGCAGGCUGGAUGAACGGGAGAGGAGAGUCAAGGACUUGGAGAAGAAUAUUGAACUAACUCAAAGUAGCCUCCAGAGACAGCUGCAGUCUGAAAAAAAGAAAGCACAUGAUGCCCAGGAGCAGAACAGACUGCUUCAAGAAGAGCUCCAGAGGCUGAUGCUGAAAUUAAAAGAGAAAGAAAGGGAACUUGAUGUAAAGAACAUAUAUGCUUACCGUUUAUCAAAGCCAUCGCCAAAGAAAGACACAGAGAUUACCCCGAGGAGGAAAGGUGCAAAUCAAAAUAUAAGCACAGGAGUCCAGACAGCUGAUAACACCCUACAGAUAGACCUAUUUCCAUCGCCACCUCCUCCUCCACCUCCUGUUUUUACUGAUGAAGUGGAGAACAACCAACAAGUGGCUCUGCAAAUGGACCAAGACAAUCUUGAAAAGCUGCUGCGAGAGGAAGCGGAAAAGCUUAAAGAAAAAGAAAGAGCAGAAAGAAAGAGAGAGUUGGAAGAAAAGCAAAGAAAAGAGACAGAGCAAAAAAUGUUAGAGGAAAAGGCCAGAAAGUUGCGUGAAGAAUGGGAAAGAGAAGAAUCUGAAAGAAAGAGAAAAGAAAACUUCAUAUAUGAAGAUAAAACUGGCAAAGAUGUGAAUACGAGCGCGAUUGACGAUGAGAGACGUCGAAAGGAGCUCCUGCUUGCAAAGAUGUUUGAAAUUGAUAAGGAAAGUCAAGAUGUGUUUGUCUCCGGACCAACGUCAUCUCCUCCUAAACAAGUGUCAAAAUCCAGCUCGGACUUGAAACCAGACAUGGUUGAGACAAAGCACAAAACCUACAGGUUCACUGAGCCAACUCAGAAACUGUUUAAUGGGCUUCCGGUCCAUGGGGGCCGUGAUGCUCCUUCAAAAACAGAGGCCCCUGGCCGCAAAAACGAGCAGAAAAACACUGAUUUUACUAGUGAUUUUACGUUUGGUAGCUAUGCUCCAUCUUUUGGUAAGGGAAGAUCUCCUGCAUCUGAUCAAAAGAGUGAGAAUUUGGAAGACCCUGUUCUACUAAGCAAUACUAAAUUAAAUAUACAGAAAGAUAAAAAGUCGCAUCUAAUGGAGCAGCUUUUUGGUAGCGGUGCAAGUACCGCACUGCCUUCCAUUUCCAAAACCACCAAUUCUGGUGGCUUUUCUUCAGCCGUUGCCCAGCCUGACAAAGAAUCGGAUAACGCUUUUCCUUGGGAGAACAGCAAAGGGAAAAGAAAAGACGAUGCGUUCUUGACUGUGGAUGGCAAAAUUGCAAAUUCUAGUAGGCACCGUUCACCACACGCAGGAAAGCCGCUCGUGAAAGCUGUUGAAUAUUUAGAGGAUGAAAUUGAAGAAGUUGCCUUGUAGAAUAGUAUAGAGAUAGUAUGUAGAAGAGAAGAAAGAUAUCACAGGCCCGUGGUUACAAUGCCAGUGUAAAAGCAGAAAUAUUAUAAAAGUUGCAUAUUUUUUUGAGGAUGCCACAAAACGCAGACUCGGAGAACUUUAAUGGGAUUUCUCCACGCUGUGUUUCUGUCACGUUUCAAGGCUUGUGAAAAACUUGAUUCAUGUUCUGUAAAAUAAAACGUCAAAAAUC